CCCUCUUUUUCCUGCAGGUCGUGCUGUUGAAAAACUGCAGCCAUGCAGAUCUUUGUGAAAACCCUUACUGGGAAAACCAUUACCCUUGAGGUGGAAGCCAGUGAUUCCAUAGAGAAUGUGAAGGCUAAAAUCCAGGACAAGGAAGGUAUUCCUCCGGAUCAGCAGCGUCUGAUCUUUGCGGGCAAACAGCUGGAAGAUGGCCGUACUCUGUCCGAUUACAACAUCCAGAAAGAGUCCACUCUUCACCUGGUGCUGCGUCUCCGUGGUGGUAUCAUUGAGCCUAGCUUGCGUAUGUUGGCACAGAAGUAUAACUGUGACAAGAUGAUCUGCAGAAAGUGUUACGCUCGCCUUCACCCCCGUGCUGUGAACUGCCGCAAGAAGAAGUGUGGUCACACAAGUAACCUUAGGCCCAAGAAGAAGCUGAAGUAGAUUUGCUGACAUAUCACACCGCUGAUAAAUUUCCUGUAGUUUUCAAUAACUAUAAAUAAAUCGAAACGUUUUCCGAUACCAAAAGGUAA